CUGAGGACCUUCUCACUGCUACGCUGUCAGCUCCAACUCAACCUAGAGUCAUGAAUGUAGGCAUCUGUGUGUGUGUUCUCUUGGCCACGUUAACCAGUGGAUCGCUGAGCCUGCCCACACAGCAGAAGGUGUCCCAAGAGACCGAAGGCUGGGCCCCUCUAUCCGACAGGUUUUCUCCCAGCAGUCUAUCCUUCCACUCACGGCAGUCCCGCUCAGCGCCCCCUGCAGACCAACUGGUGAACUACAGCCACCAGGAGGACAUCGCAGACCCCAGCAGCAACCUCAACCAACUCAUUGCAAAACUGCUAUCCCGGAAAGCCGCGGGGCAGAGGGGCCGGUCCUCAAUCACCAGCAGAGCCAGCGGCCCCGGUGCCAGCCACCGGAUAAAAGACCGGGACUACGUGGGCUGGAUGGACUUUGGACGGCGCAGCGCGGAGGAGUAUGAAUACUCACCCUGAAGACGCUUUCUGUGUUCCACCCCUCAAUAAAAGAACUAAAAGAAAACGACCCUAUCACGAUCCAGACAUGUUCACCUUGUACCUUACCGAGACGCGUCAUCGCAAAUGCUUAUUCAUACAGGCGGGUUAACGCUUAGUAUUAGAUUGAUUUUACUACUGCACUAAUGCAUCAUCAAUUUUACAUUCUGGAGCGCAGAGAACCAGUUUUAACUAAGAAAGAAAUAUCAACAUCCAAAUCAAUGUUUUUAACCUACAAGUUGAACUAUAGGGAUGUAUCUAGAUUGGACGUAAAUUCAUGACAGAGCGGCCCAGAUAGUAGGCCUACAAAUUACCAAACAAGGCCAAGGCUGAGAAUAACCAGUGUUAGGCCAUGUCUC